AUGGUGCCCACACACCUCUUUGUCGCAUACGCCAUCACGUGCAGCCUCCUCAACGGUAAAUCUUCUUUCUUCAUCUCUAUCCACUUCCUCCGCCACUCGACGCACUUCUUAGCCAUGCCAGUCCACCGUACGGCACCCAAAGAUACCUUUCGCGUUACCCACGCUAUCACGACGCGCGCCAUCUCUUCAGUUCUCUUCGAUUCAUCAAAGACCGCUGCAGCGACGGUAUAUGUUCCUACAUUAGUUUCCGAGGACGGCAAGAACCGCUUUCCCUGCUUCGAGGUGGUCCUGGGAAGAGACGCCCCCCUCCAUCAAUGCACUGUCGCAGUUGCCGACAACAUGGGAGUUAGACACAAGUACCUUGUUGUGACUCAAACUGGUGAAGGUCUUCCACGCAACCGGGCUUUGCAAGAUAUCGAUUUCGAUCAUGAAUGGCAUGGAUCUCUUCUCGUCAUGAAAUACGGGAAGAAUUUGCCUUUCGUUGGGCUUGCUGGGCUUGCAGACAGAAAUCGAGCCAAGGUUGCUCUUCAGCGAUUCCUUGUCGAUUCACAGUUCGCACCUGUCACUGCAGAGGUCAAGAAUGAGUUACCAUCCGAGAUCUGGUACUGA